UUGGUGGUGCGAAGUGGUAAGAAUGAAGGAACAUUUUUGAAAGGAGGUAUUUUCAGAGCGGAAGCAUUCUGUGCGAAUUGCCGUGAACUGCUUUGCGGGUUGUGUGUAGUCGCUCAUCAGAGAGUUCGCGUCACACGCGAUCAUGUCGUCAUAUCUCUGCAACAGCUCCUCAAUCACAUGACUGCAAAUGCGUUUGGUGCAGGAGAGAAUGGUGUCCUUGGUGGAUCAUCAGAUUCUUCGCCAAGACCGUCUUCAGUGUGUUCAACGCAUGAUGCGAAGGUGUUCUGUUCGUGUGAGACUUGUGGUAGGGUGACACUGUGUGCUCACUGUAUCUCACGUCAUUCAGCCCAUCACAUCGUUCCUUUAGGUGAUGUGAGAGCAUGUGUGGUCUCGAUGCUUGCGGAAUCACGCCGUAACGAACGCAGUAUUGAAGAAGCUGUCGAGAGUGUGCGCACGAUGUCUGAACGGGUCGACGCCAACAAUCGUAAAACAAAGAAUUUGAAGGCUCAGGCAGAAAAUCUGAAUGCGGCGAAAACGAGGUUUGCCCAGACUAUCAAGUCGGUCGAAGCAAUCACCUCCGAAGAUGAUAACGCGAAACUUGCGAACGCUUUCCAGGAGCUGCUGCAGCUUUACGCCCAGCCUAUUCAUUUGAUUCCUCACGAGAAUGAUGCUGUCAAAUUCAGCGUUCCUGAUAACCAGCUUCUCUCACAAAUCCGAUCCUUGGGUGAACUUGAAAGCGGACCAUGCGCUCGUCAGUGCCAUUUGGUUGGCGAAGGAUAUAAAAGACCAAUCCGCGAGCGUCAGUGCAUCGUUUAUGUACAACUUCGCGAUGCAUGUGGCGAGGUAGUGCCUACGGACCGAGCUGAUGGAACUGUUCGGGACAUCACUGCAACUGUAGUGGCACCUGAUGGGCGCUCUCUUGAAGUCCACAUAGGACGCAGCGAAAGCGACCCAGGCGUGAUUGGUAUUGCUUAUUACCCGAUACUUGAUGGACAGCAUCAACUGGAUAUACGAGUCCGUGGAGUGUCGAUAAGUGGCUGUCCAGCUGUCGUAGAUGUACGCCAUGGUCGUAACUAUGCUGAAAUUGCUGCCCAGGGGGAACUAUUCUCGUUUGGAAAAGAAGGUUCGGCUGACGGUGAACUUUGCCGUCCGUGGGGAAUUUGUGUUGAUUUGCGUGGACGAGUACUUGUAGCAGAUCGAAGCAAUAAUCGUAUUCAGAUUUUCGAUCGAGAUGGUGGUUUCCUUGCCAAAUUUGGCUGUGGUGGAACACGUUCGGGUCAGUUUGAUCGUCCAGCAGGUGUUACAGUCAACACAAGGAACAAUAUUGUGGUGGCCGACAAGGACAACCACAGAAUCCAGGUGUUUGAUGAAAAUGGUAACUUUCUGCUGAAAUUUGGAGAGAGAGGAAGGCCAAUUGGAAUGUUCAACUAUCCCUGGGGAGUGGCAACGAAUAGCCAAAACCACAUUGCUGUUUCCGAUACGCGAAAUCACAGAGUUCAGGUGUUCAAUGAAAAUGGACAGUUCAUACGGAAGUGUGGGUUUGACACUGCAUUCUUUUACAAGCAUCUGGAUUCUCCUCGUGGUGUAUGCUAUCUAUCUGAUGGUCAACUCCUCAUUACGGAUUUUAACAAUCAUCGCCUGGCUGUGCUAUCCUCUCGUGAUACCCCGGAAAUGAAGGUAUACGGCACGGAAGGCAGUGUUGAAGGAAUGUUCUGUCGCCCACAAGGAGUGAAAGUUGACCCGGAAGGGCAUAUUCUCAUAUGUGAUUCACGAAACAAUCGCGUUCAGGUAUUUUCUGGAGAUGACAUGCGCUGCAUCGCAGUCUUUGGUCAAACGUCUUCAUCGAGCGGCUUUGAAAUGCCUGCUGAGCUACCAGCUCCUUUCCGCUCUGUUGGACCCGCUCCUUACCACGCUACUACCCCUACAAGUGGCGUUUCUCACGAAACUCCUACAGGUGGACCUCGUCCCUUGUUGGACCGCCCCACCGAUGUAGCCAUUGCCCCCGAUGGUCGAAUCUAUGUGAUUGACUUCGGCAACAACUGUAUUCGCGUCUUCUAA